AUGGCCAGGAGGUGGCUUCUUCUUCUCCUCCUCCUCCUCCUCCUCGGGGUGGCCCUGCUGGGGGCAGCGGGGCGCUCCAAGGUGAACCCCAGGAUCAUCGCGGCUCCCCAAGGUGCAAAGGAGUAUGUGUUCCCCCGGAGUGAGAAGUACCCAGUCUUCUACCAUGAAGAAAACAGCUCAGCCAUCUACAUUGGGGGAGAGGGAAAGCUUUACUACCACGACUUUGCAACCAAGGAGAGCUACAUGGAAGAUUUCCCAGUGAGAAAUGAAGGGCAGUGCACGAUGUCUGGGAGUCUGGAGGACAACAAGAACUACCUGACCCUGGUGGAGCAGUACGGGGCUGGGCUGCUGGUGUGCGGGACGGGCGCCUGCGCUCCCACCUGCUGGAACCUGACCCAGAGAAGGGAGAGCACUCCGUGGGAUGGCAGAGGGAUUGCUCCCUUCACCCCUGACUCCAAUACCCUCGUUGUCAUUGAUGGUCAUGACAUCUACUCCACCAUCAAGAAGAGCCAGCAGAAUGGCAAGAUACCCCGUUUCCGACGAGUCAGAGGGGGUGGGGAGCUCUACACAAGUGACACGGUGAUGCAGAACCCUCAGUUUGUCAAAGCCACCACGUUAAGGCAUGAAGAGCCUCACCAGGACAAGAUUUACUACUUCUUCCGUGAAGACAACCCAGACAAGAGUCCUGAGGCCCCCAGGAACAUCUCCCGUGUGGCCCAGCUGUGUAAGGAAGACAGAGGGGGAACCAGCUCGCUCUCUGCUUCCAAGUGGACCACCUUCCUGAAGGCCACCUUGAUUUGUGUCGACCCAGUCACCAAGGGCAACUUCAACUGGCUGCAGGAUGUCUUCUUCGUCCCGGCCAGCGACUGGCGACAGUCCAAAGCCUACGGGCUCUUCACAAACACCUGGGGAAGCUCUGCUGUUUGUGUCUAUUCCUUUGGGGACAUCGACACGGUGUUCCGGACCUCCAGACUGAAGGGUUAUCAUGGUCCCACCCCAGAGAUCAAGCCUGGCCAGUGUGUUCCCUCUGGGCAGCACACCCCCAGCGAGACCUUCAAGAUAGCUGACAGCCACCCGGAGGUGGAGGACAGGGUGGAGCCCCUUUCCCCCACCAAGAGCCCCUUGUUCCACAACAAGCACCGGUACCAGAGGAUCCGGGUGCACGAGGUCUCGGGGGGCGACGGCCGCCCCUACAACGUGCUGUAUCUGGCAACAGAUAAAGGAUCCAUCCACAAGGUGGUGGAGCUGCCGGAUGGGGUGCAGAACAUCAUGGAGCUGCAGGUCUUCCCAAAGAAGGACCCGAUCCAGGCCAUGAUCCUGGACCACAAGAGGGCCGUGCUGUACGUUGGCUCGAGGAGUAAAGUGCUGGAGAUGCCCCUGGCCAUGUGCGGGGUGUAUCGGAACAAGUGCGAGAGCUGCUUGUUGGCGCGAGACCCCUACUGUGGGUGGGCCAAUGGGACCUGCCAGUCUGUCUACCUGAACCAGGAGGUGCACCAGGACCUGAACCUGGACCCGUGGCAGGGAAAGUGCCAAAAGGGAGAUGUUAAGGAAGCAGAGGAUUACCAGAACAUCACAGUGGUCCCUUUCUCCCGCUACUACCUCAACUGCCCCAUCGAGUCCCACUAUGCCACCUACAACUGGUACCACAACGACAGCCUCAUCAAGACCUGCAACACCACCCACCCCCAGCAGGACUGCUUCCACUUCAUCCAGAAUGUCAGCCAUGUCCACUAUGGCCACUACAUCUGCAUCUCAGAGGAGGAUGGUUUCAAGCAGGCUCUGGUGAAGGAGCGCCUGGUCAACCAGCUCAGGUUCAUGUCCCAGAAGGGCCAGGCUUCCAUGACGUUUGGCUCUUGGCUUCAGCUGCUCCUGAUGGUGGUCUUGGUGGAGCUGUUCCACUGA